AUGUCUGGCCUUGAAGUACUUGGAGUUGCCGCAAGCGUGAUACAAAUCGCAGACGUUGGAGCACGUGUUGCAGUCAAAUUAUACGUCUUUUCCAGGAAGAUCAAAAGCGCCGACAAGGAUAUCGACAGCAUCUCCCAAGACAUUGCCGCAACAGGCAAGGAGCUUCAGACAGAUGACAAUGCCGACCUCUGCACAAAAGACGCCCUUGCUACGGCUCAAAGGCCUGAUCGACAGCUACACUGCAAAGGAUCCAAUAAUUCGAUUGUCAUUGGCUGGAAGCGACGAGCCAAGUUCCCAUUCAUAGAGGCUCAGGUUGAAUUGCUGCGCUCAAAUUUGGAAAGAUUGAAGAGCUCUCUGCUGCUGAUGCUACAGGUGCUCACAUUCGCAGUACAAGCAAAGAGUCAUCGGGAAUUGGGUAGUUUGAGGGAUCAGAAAGCACUAGUCCAGACUCUAAUGAAGGAGAAGAAUGAUUCGGAGAAGAGGUAUAAGCUCGCGAGGAAGUCUAUUGAGUCAAGCACCGAAACAACCCCGGCCCAUGAAGCUGAACAAGAAGCUCUGCCAAGCUCUUCAGCCGUGAGCAAAGACAGGGACUCGGUCACAGUAGCGAAUCCAUUCAUAAGCACAGUGUUUGGCAGCGAAACGGCAGGGAGCCCAAAGGUGCCUGGAGAACCAUCAUUCGGUGCUAUUUCAACACCUCCGACCCUGAGGUAUCGCAACUUUGAAAUCCAGCAACAUGGAGCAGCAGUGCAGACCCUCCUUGCAGAGGUUGACGCUUUGAGAUACGAACUUACCCAUGGCUUCCGAGACAAGCUGCACCGUGGGAUAUUGGGUGCGCAUUGGGAGCAAUGGGCUCCAUUACGCAACCUAUAUGGUGACGAGGCUCUGAUGGAUGCUUUUGCUCAACAUCCAGAAGUGCACCCUAAUGAAACCGCGCUCAUGGCCGUUCGUAGUUCGAAUUCUGGAUUUCUCAGCUGGAAAUCGAAGCAGUACAGUCCGGCCACUGGAGCUCUGACUGGUGUAGACAAUAGGAGACCACAAGUGGCCGGCCCCCACACGCCCGUAACAUUCGGAGGUGCCCAGUCGGCUAAGCCAUCUAAAUCUGCCGAACGAGCAAAAUUCGUGUUUGAAGCAGACAUCGCGAAAGACAGCUUCAAGGUUGAAGCCUUGGUACAGGACCGUAAAGUCGCUCCCAGCGGGCCACCUCGAGUAGAGGCCACCGAAGCAAAAACUGAUCAGAUUGACGACCGGAUCAAGCUCAACAGCGAGUCGUUGGAAAGAAUUGGCGAGAACGCUCCACAAGAACACAAGGAAGCAGAUUCAACGGCUGCUAGUCCUUCGCCGGCUCCGGUGGCCGUAAACCCCAAAGUUGAGCUCUUCCGGCCUGGGCCAUCAAAUCCACGUCGUCAGGGGCAGAAUAUGGAGUUCUUCAAGAAACUACCAUCGAAAGGGUCUCGCAGCAGCAAAGUGCCUGCUCCAUCACAACGGCGGCCGGCUCCGCCAGUGCCAGUGCCCCCACCCUAUAAGCCAUCUGCCAGCCCGAAGAAACCUGAUCCAAUUCUUGCUAAGCUGAAAGAGGAGAAGGAUGCGGCCAGCAAUGAGAUAUAUGGUUCUGGAGAUGUUGAGACCAGAGGCGGUGAUUUUCACGGUGAGAUCGAAGACACCGAGUCCUUUGAUGCUUACCUCGUAAGAUGGACUGGGCUUUCCAAGGAAGAAUAUGGUGAUCUUGAGAUAUGA